AGACGCCUGAGUUCACCGCCGGCCCCGCUGUGCCUCUCCUUAAGCAGCUCCUUCUCCACAGGUGGCGUUUUUCUGAAAUUGUUCAUUGCGAGUUCCUGGCAUUCCUGCAGAUACACUAGGUGAGGCUGCUGAGCUCGGAGCCCGACAUGGCAGCAUGACAGCCCAGGACCGGCGCCAGGAUCCCGGAGAAAGGAACCCUGGGCUGUGGGAGUGAGUCCCCCCAGCAGCGACUUCCUGCUGAGGCCGCCCGAGCCGCCGCCUCCACCGGCUUUUUAUUGUUAACUCCGUGGACUCCUGCCUCUUCCCGCCUUGAACAGCAAUAUGUGUCAUGUCAUUGUCACCUGUCGCUCGAUGCUCUGGACCCUCCUGAGUAUUGUGGUGGCGUUUGCAGAGCUCAUCGCCUUCAUGAGCGCAGACUGGCUGAUUGGGAAAGCCAAGACCCGCGGCGGCGGCCCCGACCCCGAGGAGCGGGGAGGCCCCGCGGAGCCCCACCACCCGACCCUGGGCAUCUACGCCCGCUGCAUCCGCAACCCCGGGGUGCAGCACGUCCCGCGAGAGACGCUGUGCGGGCCCUACGCUGAGAACUUCGGGGAGAUCGCCAGCGGCUUCUGGCAGGCCACUGCCAUCUUCCUAGCCGUGGGCAUCUUCAUCCUCUGCAUGGUGGCCCUGGUGUCGGUCUUCACCAUGUGUGUGCAGAGCAUCAUGAAGAAGAGUAUUUUCAACGUGUGCGGGCUGCUGCAAGGAAUUGCAGGCCUGUUCCUUAUCCUCGGCUUGAUACUCUACCCUGCUGGCUGGGGCUGCCAGAAGGCCGUUGCCUACUGUGGACACUAUGCAUCGGCCUACAAACCUGGAGACUGCUCCUUGGGCUGGGCCUUUUAUACUGCCAUCGGUGGGAUGGUCCUCACCUUCAUCUGUGCCAUCUUCUCCGCACAAGCAGAAAUUGCAACCUCCAGUGACAAAGUACAGGAAGAGAUUGAAGAGGGGAAAAACCUCAUCUGCCUCCUUUAAUUUGGAAGAGACAUUUAUACCAUUUUCUUCCUUGUUUAACCUUGUGAAACAGUUCACCUCUGGUUUCAUCAUCCGAAUCAAGUGAAGAACUAGCCUUUACCUACCAAAGCCACAUUCCACAGCCCUGAGCCUUUACAGGACCAAUGAGAGGCAACAUCCAGCCAAGCAAAGUGACUGCACACGAGGGCCGCAGUGCAAAUUGUAAGAGAUGGAACAUGAAAACAGUACAAAAACCCUGACACGUGUCAGACAGCAUCGCCCCCAAGGCCCAGUGAAGGAGCAUGAUCUCAACUGUGAAAGCGGCAUUUCUCUGGUAACCGAAGACUGUUAGCCAGAUUUGCUGGCUAUUCAGAGGUGUGGGGUUUUUGUUUCCUCCUGGUUCUUUCCUUUCAAGUGUCUCAGUUAAAGACUACACACUUACUGGGAGUGGGAUGUAUGCUAAAAGGCAUCUUAGCAAGACACGAUCUCUUUCUUAGCCCACCAAAGGGGCCAAGCAGGGACUGUGGAAUUCUGUUGUGGAAUGUGUUGGAAGCUGAAUUCCAGGGUCAGGUGAAUCAAUUGAACUGUCACUCCAAGAUUAAAGAAAGAAUAAGGGCCUAUAAGAUCAUGAGAAUAAAAAUACAAAAUCCUGAUAGUGGGGACAAAUUCAUUCUGCUUCCCAGCAGCCAAGCUAAUGCCAGUACUGGCCCAGCCUCCUCUUCCAUCAGAGAUCACAUGUUUUUCUCCUAGGCUUGGGAUUGCACUGAUUGCCAAAGGAAACCUCACUGUUUCCUCAUUCCAGGACAGAGGUCUCCAAACCAGAUGUGGCUCAUUCAGAUGUUCACUGGGAGAAACUGCCAGAACCUCAGCACUUAUGGGGAGACCUUUUCCCACUGUUUGGUAACCAUGCUGUCCAUGCUGUAGUCAGCUAUAUUUCCAACCCCAACAGCAGCAAAAUGCCAUUCUGUGCAUUAAAAAAAGAGCUAAUCAUGGGAUUUAAGGUUUUUUAGUUACUAGUUGAUCCUGAAAGCAGACUAAAAUAACAUUAAAUUGUUGGAAACGCUGAGCUGCAUCAAAGGCUUCAUUCCCAGGACAAUAGAGUACAAAGUUAAUGCAAAAUAAGAGAGUUAGACCAAACUUAUAGAACCUGCCUAUACCUGUUUACAAAAAAGAAUCAAUUACCACUAUUUAAAAAGUUUUGGGUGCUUUUAAUCUAGUUUCUAUAAAUUACCAGUAUCAUUGAUUCAGGAAAAUGGUAUUAGCCAUCACCUCAUAUUUACUUUGGAAUGAUCAAAGUGGCCAGAAAGAGCCUGGUCUGAUAUUAUCCUAAGAGCAGAAUUGAAGAAUGAUACAGAAACACUCUAUAGCAACUUAAGCAAGUGGGAGGGACCUGCCAGAUUUCUGGAAGGAUUAGGUCUCUUUGGGUUUAUGAAUCUGCUCACUUGAGGGCUUGCUUCAUUUUGAAAUUUUAACAAAUAAUUACAUGCCUUGUUUGGGCAAGGUAUUAUGUACUAAGUGCCACCAGACAUAGAACCCUGAUUCAGAUUUUACAACCAUGCCUAGCGCAGAAAAACUAAUUCCUUUAUGUGGCGAUGGAAUGGAACAACUAAAGUCUUAUUCUAUUCUGGUCUUUGGCCUAUACUAGAAACCAUCUUUUCUUAUAGAUUAAGAGUUAAGGGCUGGAGAAGGAAGGGUAUGGAACCAGGCCUUAAUGAGUUUACCACUCUUAGUCCAAGGUUCAGAAUAAGCAAAGUGUAAAUCCUAUGACUUUCCUUAACAAGAGAAGGGGUAAAUCCAUAGCUUCAUAACAGCCUAGGGAAGGGUUCAGGAAACAUUAACCUAUCUCUGACAAUACACAGAAAUAGGUUAUGGCAGCCACUGGAUUUGGCUCCUGUACCUGAUAGAGUGUUUAUAUGCUCUAACCAAGCCAUGAUGCCAGCAAACCCUGGCAAUAAUUUUCAUUUUAAAAAAGCAAUUUGCUUCAUCAGGCAAAUACUCUUGAUAAAAACACCGUUUUUUCUUAAAUGUAUCAUCAGAAGAUACACUCUUUUUUUUUUUUCUGUAUAAGAUAGAGAACCCAUUUUCUAACCCGAAUUUUACAUUCUCACUCUCUUUACAGACAAGUUGUCAUAGGCCAGAGGAUCCCUCAUCCCGACUGCUCCUUGGUUAAGGUGGCAGUGUAUCCCUAGAUCACCUUGACAAUAAAAGUCACUUGAUAGUGUCUACUUCAUUAGUCUCAAUGCUACAGAAGACAAAAGGCACAUGCACACACAAAACCCCAAACCACAAACUACUCAAACACUGACCUAGUAAGCAGUAAUGUUGAGCCUUUUAAACCUUCAGUUCAUUAUCCAAGCUUUGGUUGGGAUGAAUGGAACAUCCAAAAUCAUGCAAAUGUAGACCAAAACUGCAUAGCUGAUUAAAAAACACUGAAUAUGAGGAAUAUGUUGAAAUAAAUGUGUACAAAAUAAUUAGACUGAUUGUUGACCUACACCUAUUUUUCUAAUUUCUAUCACCUAAUUGCCUCAGUCUAAAAAUCUAAUAUACCGUAUUUUCUGGCGUAUAAGACGACUGUGCGUAUAGAAGAUUUUCCUGGGUUAAAAAGUCGUCUUAUACUCUGGAAAAUACGGUACCUGCACCAUUACAACUACCAGAAAAGUCUUAUUUAUUUUUGCCUGCAUUUGUGCUUAAAGUUUUGUGAUGGCUGGGCUUCUCAAUGGACUCCAAAAAGGCAGAAAUACUUGCUUUGGAUUCUGUGGAUUCUUUAAACCUGUGUGCUAAUUCAACAAUGUUAUAUUAAUUGUGUAAGGGUUUUUGUAUAGUUUUCAAACAUCUGUGGUGAAAUGAUCUUUGUUAAAACAUGUAUUCUGUAAAGUGCCAUAGUCUUUUUGUAUGUGUAGCGUAUUUAAAAUAUAUAUGUAUUAUACAUACACAAGUCUGUGUGAAAGAUGUGCAAUAACAAAGGUGUAUGUAUGUUUUGUUUUUUGGAAACUGGACAGGCGUCAGAACAGGAAUUGUUUCUGUUUUGGCAAAGGAGAGUUAAACAGUUUUGCCUUUAUGGCCUAGUAUUUAACCCAUAAUGAUUUUAAUGCUACACAAACCUAUGUGAAGAAAAGACUGGUAUGAAAUCAUUUCUUCUGGGUCUAAAUUAAAAUAAUCACUAGAUUUAUGUGAACGUUAAGCUGUCAAGCAGGCCCAGUUAAUGCUAGUCUUUCAUGUGAAAUGUGAAGCUGCCCUUUUGCCUUUUCUGUUAGUGUGAUAACUAGUAGCUGGUACAUAAUCACUAAGGAGCUAUUUCUUAACAUGCUUUGAUAGACCAUGUUAAUGCUAGACCACUAUUUAAGGGCUGAUCUCACACCUUCUUAGCCAUAAGCGUCUGGCUUAGAACAGACCUCUCUGUGCAAUAACACGUGGCCACUGGAAAUCCCUGGCCUGCAUUUGUAUUUGGGCAGCAAUGACUCCCAAGGGCCAAAAGCAUUACAGGCACGACUGGGAUUUCUUCUGAGACUGUGGUGAAACUCCUUCCCAGUCUGGGGGGAGUCAUUAGGUGCUUUGGAGGAACUCAGCACCACUUGAUAAUUCAACAGCCACUUGAGCCAAAUAUGAAAUUGUAUUUACCGCUGAUGGACUUGAUUUGAGCCUUCAAAUUUGUGGUUAUUCUAUUAUAUUGUAAACUAAUACAUUGUUUGUCUAGCAUUGAUUAGGUCCCUGUGCAUAUGUAUUUUCACAACAUGUUGCUCCCUUCCUUUCCCCAGAUCUGAAUUAAACCAGAUUUUGCAAACUCA